AUGUCACACACCUCAGAUCGAUCUGUGAGAACACCUUUAGAGAACAUUAAAUUAGAUGUUCCAACUAUGAAUCCUUGUAAUAUAAAGGAUCUUAUUACCAAACGAAGUUCAAUUAAAGGUCGCAUAACAAAAUACAGUAAUUUUUUAACUAAAUUUAUUGAUUCAUAUGAUAAAUAUGAUAAGACUAGUUUGCUUAUGUUAACACAGAGAUUUGAGAGAUUUAAAGACUUAAUGUCCAUUUUUGAUGAUUGUCAAUCACAAAUUGAAUUUGUGAAUUCAAAUAGUUUGGAAUCGGAACUUGAUACAAGAGAGGAAAUCGAAACUGAUUUUUCUACUCUUAUUGCUAAGACUCAAGUAAUUUUAGAGAAAAAUCAGAUUGUAGAUGAUUAUAAAUCGAUUCACUCUGGAUCGAGUUCAGAUUGUAAUAAGUCAUGUGGUCAUAAUAAGAGCUUUCACUUUAAACUUCCCACUCUAAAAAUUGGGAGCUUUGAUGGGACUUAUUUUAAAUGGAUUGAGUUCAGAGACACAUAUACUUCACUUAUACAUAACAAUGAUAAUAUUGACCCUAUCCACAAAUUUCAUUAUCUAAAUUCUUACCUAGAGGGUGAAGCCUCUCGUGUCAUUAGUAAUUUAGAAGUUAGUGCUGUCAAUUACAAAGAAGCUUGGCAUCUCCUAUGUGAGAGAUACAACAACGAGAAGCAGUUAAUACACAAUCAUUUAAAUUCUUUGUGUAAUAUUCGGCCUAUCACUCGCGACUCUGCCAAGGGAAUAAGGUUUUUAAUUGACCAUGUAUCAAAGAAUUUGCGCGCUCUUAAUAAUCUAGGUGAACCAACUCAGUCCUGGGAUUCUCUUGUCAUCCAUUUAGUCUCAGCAAAACUCGACGGCAGUACUAGUAUUAAAUGGGAGGAACAUAAAAAUAGUUUUGAGAAAUCGCCUUCUUUAAAUGAUUUUUUUAAUUUUCUUAAGCGUCGAGCAGAUGUUUUAGAAUCAUUUAAUCACAUCAAGCCUGAUCGUGUAGAUCAAGUAAAGGUAGAUCAUAAUUCAUCUUUUAAUCAAAAUAGAAGAUCUCACUCCAAAUCUUUUGUGGUUUCAGCUAAGACCCAAGCCUCUGCUUCUUCACCUUCGUGUGUCCUCUGCCGCGGUAGCCAUCGUUUGUAUGAUUGUGCAUCGUUCCUAUCCAAGCCAGUAGAGGACAGAAUUUCUGAAGCAUCAAGGUUAAAGAUUUGCCUUAAUUGUUUACGUAAGGGACACUCAUCACAUCAAUGCAGAUUAAGUCGUUGUUCUAUUUGUGAGAGACGUCAUAAUACCUUACUACAUAGGGAGUCUUCUCAACCUGCAAACUCAUCUCAGGUACAUGCAGUUACUUCUAAUACUGAAACUGCCUUAUCUGCAGUCGGACAUAAUCCUGAAAGCAGUAUAUGUGGCUUAACAAAUCAUUUUUGUAGUAACAAUGCCUUGCUAUCUACAGCUUUGAUAGAAGUACAGAAUCCAACCACGAAUAAGUCUAUUACAGUUCGAGCCUUGUUGGAUAGCGGAAGUCAGUCUUCUCUUAUUACAAAAAGAAUGACAAACUUAUUGCAAUUAACUUCUCUGCCAAUCCGGGUUGAUAUAUUAGGCGUUGGUAAUUUAUUUUCUUCUAAUGCGUUAGAACGUUGUGUAGUUAACGUAAAAUCUAAAUAUAAAAAUUUUAAAACACAAUUAUCAUGUCUUGUACUUCCACAAAUAACUAGCAAUAUACCUAAUAAAACAUUUGACAUUUCUCAACUUCACUUGCCUUCUAAUAUACAAUUUGCAGAUCCUAACUUUAAUCGAUCUGCACCCAUAGACAUGCUAUUGGGCACUGAUAUCUUUUGGGACCUGAUUGAGUCUCAACAAAUUAAACUUGGUCCAAAUAAACCAAUAAUUCGAAAAUCCAAACUUGGUUGGAUAUUAGCAGGUCCAAUGUAUACCAGGAACACUAAUUCAGUAUUUUGUAAUCUUGCUAUUGAACAUAAAGAUAUUAGUAAUGAUCGUUUAAAUGAAACAGUAAAGAUGUUUUGGGAGUUGGAACAGAUUCCGACAGCUAAUAAUAAAAGAACUGAGGAGGAAAUAUUAUGUGAACAACAUUUUUGUAAAAAUACAUAUAGAAAUAAGGACGGUAGAUUUUGUGUUAAAUUGCCCCUUAUUACUGCACCAGACUGUUUGGGAGAUUCAUUCAGAUCAGCCAAAAGACAAUUUUUAGCUUUAGAAAAACGAUUCGUGAAAAAUCCAAUACUCAAGCAAUCUUAUUCAGAAUUUAUUAAGGAGUAUGCAGACUUAGGACAUUUGACGGAAUCACCUGUUUUUAUUCCGAAUCAAUCCUUUUUUAUUCCUCAUCAUGCAGUAUUUAAGCCAUCUAGUGAAUCUACUAAGCUACGCGUUGUAUUCAACGGCAGCGCUAAAACUACAUCUGGUUAUUCUAUUAAUGAUAUACAAAUGACUGGACCUUACAUUCAAGAUUCUCUAUUUAAUAUUUUAAUUAGGUUUCGUCAAUACACAUAUGUACUGUCAGGCGAUAUUGCAAAAAUGUACAGGCAAAUAGAAAUUCAGGACAGUGAUCGAAAUUUACAAAUGAUAUUAUGGCGUUUCAAUGAAAAUGAACCACUGAAAUCUCUUAGACUUAAUACUGUAACUUAUGGUUACACUAGUAGUAGCUUUUUAAGUACACGUUGUUUGUGGCAGUUAGGCGAGGAAUGUGAUAAUCUAAAUAUAAAAUUAAUAAUACAAAAUGAUUUUUUGGUUGAUGAUUUGUUAACUGGUAGUGAUAAUAUAGAUGAUCUAGUGUAUAUUAAGAAGUCGGUAGAAAGCGCUCUUUCCUCUGGUUGCUUUAGCUUACGCAAAUAUCGUUCGAACUUACCGUCUAUUUUGGUCGAUUCACAGAACGACCAAAAGGAUUUAAUUAUCAGUUCAUCAUCUCACACAUUAGGUAUAGGGUGGAAUCCUAACAAAGAUUAUAUACAUUUUCCAACUAAUUAUCAAAAUUCAAAGGACAUUCCAACUAAGAGAUCUAUAUUGUCAGAUUCAUGUAAAGUUUUUGAUCCUCUUGGUUUGUUGAGUCCAAUUACUAUUAAACCAAAAAUCUUAAUCCAACGAUUAUGGUUGGAUAACAUUGGCUGGGAUGAUCCCGCUCCAAAGGAUAUAGCUAAAUCAUGGCAAGAAUUUAUUUAUAAUAUAAAAUAUAUACAAGACAUACGUAUUCCAAGGCAUGCUUUGUGCGAAUCCCCUGUAGAUGUUGAACUCCAUUGUUUCUGUGACGCGUCAGAGUCAGCAUAUGCUUCUUGCAUUUAUCUUCGGUCUAUAAAUAAGCAAGGUGAUAUAACUGUUCGUCUCUUAUGUGCUAAGGCUAGGGUAACUCCGGUAAAACCGUUAACUGUCCCGCGUCUCGAACUAAGUGCAUGUCUGUUAGGUGCACAACUUACAAGCGCUGUUUGUUAUGCUUUACGAUGUGUAAUUACGCGUAAGAUAUUUUGGACUGAUUCGUCCAUAGUAUUGGCUUGGCUAGGUACGAGAUACGACAAACUAAAAACUUUCGUGGCGAACAGAGUCAGUGCCAUUCUUGAUUUAACUAGUACCGCUGAUUGGCGUCAUAUUUCUACAACAUUAAAUCCAGCUGAUUUAGCUUCACGUGGUGCCAAUGCGGAGGAAAUUCUUAAUUUUGAUUUAUGGUGGCAUGGUCCUUCAUUUUUGCGUAAACAUGUUUCUUUAUGGCCCACUUCUAUACCAACAGGGAUACAGGUUAACAAUUUGCCUGAAAUAAAGCGGGAACAUAUACGUCUUCUUCAUGCUGGUCCUCAGCUACUUCUGUCCUCGGUUAGAGAAUCUGUCUGGCCUAUAGCUGGAAGAGAUUUGGCGCGUACUGUAGCUAGACAGUGCACUGUAUGUAGAAGAACAAGCGGUAGAACACCAACACCAUUAAUGGGUGCACUACCCAAGCAACGCGUAAAUCCAGAUUUUCCUUUCAUUAGUACUGGUGUCGAUUUUGCUGGACCAUUCUUUAUAACCAACAGAAAGGGUAAAGGUUCUCGAAUAACAAAAUGUUAUCUAUGCGUUUUUGUGUGUCUUAGAUACAAGUGUCUGCACUUGGAAGCCGUGAGUGAACUUUCUAAAGAUGCGUUCAUAUUAUCACUGCGUCGUUUUAUCUCUCGCAGAGGUAAGCCUUUGGAUAUAUUUUGUGAUAAUGGUCGCAAUUUUGUAGCAGCUUCUAAAGAAAUUAGACAGUUUAUUAGGGCCAAUACUGAUGACAUUUCUGAUUUUUCUUCCAAAGAAGGUAUUAAAUUUCAUUUUCAACCAGCUUAUGCUCCGCAUUUCGGGGGUUUAUUUGAAGCAGGCGUGAAGUCAGCAAAAUAUUAUUUAAAGAGGAUUUUAGGUAACUCUCAUCUCACAUUUGAAGAAUUGGCAACGUUGUUUAGUCAAAUUGAGGCAAUUCUUAACAGUAGACCCCUAUAUCCCUUGUCGUCCUGUCCCGAUGACCUUCAACCCUUAACCCCAGGGCACUUCCUUAUUGGAAGACCACUUUUGUCGUUACCGACACCUAGUUUGCAGGAUAAAAACAUAAACCGUUUAAACAGUUUUCAACGGUUGGAGCUUUUACGGCAGCAAUUUUGGAAACGCUGGCAGUUAGAAUAUGUGUCCGAAUUGCAGCAAAGGCAGAAAUGGCGGAUCCCAGAUAGACAGCUUCAAAUAAAUGAUUUGGUGCUGUUAAAGGAAGAUAACUCCCCUCCCAUGUGCUGGAGAAUGGGUCGCAUCUGCUCUCUGUUUCCAGGUCAAGAUGGAGUGGUGCGCGUUGUUGAAAUUAAAACUGCAGCAGGCAAUUUCCGACGUGCUGUAAAGUAUAUCUGUCCAUUGAUGGAGCCAUCAGAGGAGACUUCAUUGGAAGCCGAUGCUUCCAAGGCCCCGGAGGAUGUCGGCGCACAACACUAG